AACAGCCCUGGAGCGGUCCAUUCGUACAAUCAGACAUUUCAAUGCUUCGAUGGACAAUCGCUGACUUUGCCCAACAGUCUUCUUCUAACCAGCCGCAAUCAUGGGUAUCUCACGCGACUCUCGCCACAAGCGCUCCGCCUCUGGUGCUAAGAGGGCAUACUACCGCAAGAAGAGGGCUUUCGAGAAGGGUCGCCAACCCGCCAAUACUCGUAUUGGUGCUAAGCGUAUCCAUCUUGUCCGCACACGCGGCGGCAACCGCAAGUUCCGUGCUCUGCGUCUCGACUCCGGCAACUUCUCAUGGGGCUCUGAGGGCAUUGCCCGCAAGACCCGUGUGAUUGGUGUCGUGUACCACCCCUCCAACAACGAACUCGUCCGUACCAACACUCUCACCAAGUCCGCCGUCGUCCAGAUCGAUGCCGCUCCUUUCCGACAGUGGUACGAGGCCCACUACGGCACCCAGCUCGGCCGCAAGAAGCAGAGCAAGACCGGCGAGAAAGAGGAGGAGAAGAAGAAGUCGAACAGCAUCCAGAAGAAGCAGGCUGAGCGUGUCAAGACCUCCGGAAAGAUCGAGAACGCUGUUGAGAAGCAGUUCGAGGCUGGUCGUCUCUACGCCGUCGUUGCCUCCAGGCCCGGCCAGAGCGGUCGUCUUGAUGGUUACAUCUUGGAAGGCGAGGAGCUUGCUUUCUACUCCCGUGCUCUCAGGAAGUAA